CCUUAUCACCUGUUUGACAUCGAGCGGAGGGAACCUGGCAUAUGGUCGUCCCUAUCUCUUCGUUUCUCAGAUAGCCUAAUAGCUUGUUGCGCAGAUAUCUUCCCAUUGGUAUAAAGCUCCUUCGCCAUGAUGUUGAAGCUCGGUCUACUAUUAGUAUGUUUGAUGCCCCUGAGUCUUUGCCAGAACAAAGACCUGGACAUGUUCGGGCUGAUUAAUCUACUGUACUUAAAAGCAGACAAGAACCUAGAUGGCACAAUUACACAAACCGAGCUUGACGACAUAUUCAAGGGGUUCGAUGCCAAUGGUGACGGAGAUGUAACGCCUGCGGAGUUUGUACCGACGUGGAUGGCCAUCACCCACUUCUCGAAGGAGUUGGCCAAUGCGUACUUUGUGCUUGCCGACCUCAAUGCCGACGGCGUCAUCGACCACAAAGACCUCACCAUUCUCUACAGCAGGUUCGACGUUGACGGAAAUGGCAAGGUUUCGGGUGAAGAAUUUAAUCACAAGUGGCAAGAUAUAUACAAGGAGUCCGCCUUCGCUGUCCUCUUCACACGUGCGGACACUAACAAGGAUGAACACUUGUCCAAAGCUGAAUUUACAAAACUGUUUGAGCCGUUCGACACUGACAAGGACAACGCUGUGACAAAGGCUGAGUUCGAGGCUGGCUGGACCAAGGAGAAUUUUGGAAACAAGGUCCAGGCCGACACACUGUUCCGUGGCAUUGACAGUAACCAUGACAACAAGAUCACCAGCGUCGAUACCAACAAUCUUUAUAGGAUGUAUAACGCUAACCACGACGACCACGUUGAUCUGAUAGAACUAGCAAAGGUAUUUAGUAAUUGUUGACCAAACUCCUAAUUAACCAUAUUAAUAUAUAUAUCCACA